AAUAAUAAUAAUAAUAAUAAUAAUAAUAAUAAUAAUAAUAAUAAUAAUAAUAAUAAUAAUAAUAAUAAUAAUAAUAAUAAUAAUAAUAAUAAUAAUAAUAAUAAUAAUAAUAAUAAUAAUAAUAAUAAUAAUAAUAAUAAUAAUAAUAAUAAUAAUAAUAAUAAUAAUAAUAAUAAUCAUAAUAAUAAUAAUAAUAAUAAUAAUAAUAAUAAUAAUAAUAAUAAUAAUAAUAAUAAUAAUAAUAAUAAUAAUAAUAAUAAUAAUAAUAAUAAUAAUAAAAAUAAUAGUAAUAAUAAUAAUAAUAAUAAUAAUAAUAAUAGUAAUAAUAAUAAUAACAAUAAUAAAAAUAAUAAUAAUAAGAAUAAUAAUAAUAACAAUAAUAACAAAAAUAAUAAUAAUAAUAAUAAUAAUAAUAAUAAUAAUAAUAAUAAUAAUAAUAAUAAUAAUAAUAAUAAUAAUAAUAAUAAUAAUAAUAAUAAUAAUAAUAAAAAUAAUAAUAAUAAUAAUAAUAAUAAUAAUAAUUAUAAUAAUAAUAAUAAUAAUAAUAAUAAUAAUAAUAAUAAUAAUAAUAAUAAUAAUAAU